AUGGCCGAGUUCGUGCGUGCCCAAAUUUUCGGCACCACCUUCGAGAUUACCAGCAGGUAUACGGAUCUGCAACCGGUGGGAAUGGGCGCCUUUGGACUUGUCUGCUCCGCAAGAGAUCAAUUGACAGGCCAACCCGUGGCUGUAAAGAAGAUCAUGAAGCCUUUCAGCACUCCUGUUUUGUCGAAGAGAACAUACCGCGAGCUGAAACUGUUGAAGCACUUACGGCAUGAGAACAUCAUUAGCUUGAGCGAUAUCUUCAUCUCCCCUCUUGAGGACAUUUACUUUGUCACAGAGCUCCUUGGGACCGACCUCCACAGACUUUUGACUUCGAGACCAUUGGAGAAACAGUUCAUUCAAUAUUUCCUUUAUCAGAUUUUGCGAGGUCUGAAAUACGUUCACUCAGCAGGUGUCGUCCACCGUGAUCUCAAACCCAGCAAUAUCCUUAUUAACGAAAACUGCGACCUGAAAAUUUGCGAUUUUGGCCUUGCUCGUAUCCAAGACCCCCAGAUGACCGGCUAUGUUUCGACGAGAUACUACCGAGCCCCUGAAAUCAUGCUUACAUGGCAGAAAUAUGACGUGGAAGUCGACAUCUGGAGUGCUGGCUGUAUUUUCGCCGAGAUGCUGGAAGGAAAACCUUUAUUCCCCGGGAAGGAUCAUGUCAACCAGUUCUCUAUCAUCACAGAACUGCUCGGAACUCCGCCAGACGAUGUGAUUCAGACUAUCUGCAGCGAGAAUACCCUGCGAUUUGUCAAGUCCCUACCUAAGCGCGAACGCCAACCUCUUGCCAACAAAUUCAAGAACGCUGAUCCUGAGGCGGUCGAUCUUCUGGAGCGAAUGCUUGUUUUUGAUCCCAAGAAGAGGAUCCGCGCUGGGGAAGCACUUGCGCACGAAUACCUCUCUCCCUACCACGACCCUACCGAUGAGCCCGAGGCUGAGGAGAAGUUCGAUUGGUCGUUCAAUGACGCCGACCUUCCUGUGGACACCUGGAAGAUCAUGAUGUACUCGGAGAUUCUCGACUUCCACAACAUCGACCAGGGUAAUGACGCUGGUCAGGUGCUCAUGGAAGGAGGUGUGGCUCAAGCACACCAGAACUUUGCCUAA